AUGUUCUCCGCGGUAGAUGCCGUGAAAUAUCUCGCUUCUGGCAGAGGCGUCUUUGACUCCAUCUGCGAUCUUAUUAUCCGCCCCCCGCGGGCGGAAUACGAUUUGGAGAUGGACUUGGGCCCGACGCUCUUCCGCAUUAGCGACGACUCAGAGCUUUUCACUCGCACCGAGCUCACUCUCACGAACAUGCGUGGACUGGGGGUGGAGUGCUCAUGGUUCCGCCCCAGGGCUCGCCGUCGUCAGCCCUGCGUCAUUUACCUCCACGGCAACUGUGGCUCCCGCUAUGACGCGCUGGAGGCUCUUUUUAUACUGCGGCACAAUUUUUCACUUUUUGCUUUUGACGCGACGGGGAGCGGGAAGUCGGAGGGAGAGUACAUCUCGCUUGGUUUUUAUGAGCGGCAGGAUUUGGCCGCAGUGGUAGAUUAUCUUCUUGGACAAAACGACGUCGAAGGAAUCGGCUUGUGGGGACGCAGCAUGGGGGCGGUGACGUCCAUCAUGUACGCCGCGAAAGACGCCUCUAUUAAGUGUAUUGUCUGCGAUUCGCCCUUCUCUACAUUGCGUUUACUCAUAAAGGAUUUGGUGAAAAGGUAUGGCUCAAAGCGCUUUCCAGCGAGGCUAGUGGACGGCAUUGUGGAUCGCAUUCGCAAGCGCAUUGCGAAGCGCGCUGCCUUUAACAUUGAUGAGUUGGAUGCUUUGAAGUAUGCUUCCGAGUGUGUCGUGCCAACAUUUAUAUUUCAUGGUGACACCGAUGACUUUGUGGUGCUGAGCCACUCCAUUGCUGUGUCCAAUGCGUUCAAGGGUUCGUGCCUGCACCACUUGGUGGCUGGCGGUCACAACGAUGAGCGCGGCGAAGAUGUCCGUGAGAUCAUCGUCCAGUUCCUGACGCUGUACCUCAUUCAUAAGCCGCAGGGAGAGCGUGACCGCAAGAUGGGGCCUCAGCCCGUAUUCAUAAAGGGGAUACAAACAGAGGCAGCAGAGAAGAAGAAGGCAGAAGAAUCGUCGACCCCAUCGUGCAGGGACGAAGACGAUGAUAACGAUGAUAUCGAUGACGCAUCUGUCGCUAAUGAGAAUUACGCUCCGCUGGCGCCCAUUAGUUUCACAAGGCCGCUCUUGUGCGCUGCCUCGCCGUUGCCGACACCCGGGGAUGAAACGAUUGCUGCAGACGAAGAAGAGGGAAAGGAAGAGGAGGCGACUGCAUGA